GAAGUUUCUGGCAGUAAAGUCGUCAUGGCAGACCUGGGCUGCAAAAAAUCCAGCGACUGCACCGUCUCCAGACUCCUCAGCGUAGUGGAGAGCGAACUCCGGGCUGGGAGAGACAAAGGUGACCCCACGGAGAAACAGCUCCAGGUUGUCUUGGAGGAUGCGACACUCUGGCAGAGAUUCAGGGAAGUCACUAAUGAGAUGAUCGUGACCAAGAAUGGCAGGCGAAUGUUCCCUGUUCUGAAGAUCAGCGUGUCAGGCUUGGAUCCAAACGCCAUGUACUCCUUCCUGCUGGACUUUGCUCCGACCGACGGCCACCGCUGGAAGUACGUCAAUGGAGAAUGGGUGCCGGCUGGGAAACCAGAGCCACCGAACCACAGCUGUGUCUACAUCCACCCAGACUCUCCCAACUUCGGGGCCCACUGGAUGAAAGCUGCCAUUUCCUUCAGCAAAGUAAAACUCACCAACAAGCUCAGUGGGAGUGGGCAGAUAAUGCUGAACUCCCUGCACAAAUACGAGCCCCAGGUACACAUAGUUCGCGUGGGAGGCCCCCACCGGAUGGUGAUGAACUGCUCCUUCCCCGAGACCCAGUUCAUAGCGGUGACUGCCUAUCAGAACGAGGAGAUAACAGCUCUCAAAAUCAAGUAUAAUCCCUUUGCCAAAGCCUUCCUGGAUGCUAAAGAAAGAAACCAUUCUAAGGAUGCUCCAGAGACAGUCUCUGAAGGCCAACAUAUGACAUACUCUCACUUAGGYGGCUGGUUGAUUUCCAACCCAGACCCGAUGUGUGCCUCGGGAAGCUCUAAUUACCAGUACAGCGGAGCUUUGCCUCUGCCCGCCCCGCACAGCUGCGAGCGRUACUCAGCCCUGCGCGGCCACCGGGCUGCUCCAUACCCACCCUCCUACAUGCAGAGGAAUCACUCCCCUACAGUUAAUUUAUUGGAGAGUUCCAGCAAUAAUCUUCAGGUAUUCUCAGGACAUGACAGCUGGACUUUGCCAUCRUCUCCACAUGCUAAUUUGCUCUCAGUGCCACACUCAAAGGGCGCUGCCAGCCCUGGAUCCAGCCACUACCCUUGCCUGUGGACAGUGAGCAACAGUGCUGUAAAUGUUACCAGCCCAGGCAGUGAGGUGAACAGCAGCCCUCCAGGCGUGUUUUUAAGGGGUAAUGUCCCCUUACCUGCUGCAUCAUCAGUGCAAAUCCCUCUGCAGGGAAUGGUGUCUGGCAGCAUGGAAGCACAAGGGGAAGGUGCUCUCGCCAGACUGUCCGACUCCGCGUGGACGUCCUCCCACUCCUUUUAAUGGACAGGCAGCUCCCGAGGGAAGCUCAGCCAAACAAGACUGACACAAAUGGCAAAUGAUCCCUGAGGCGUGCAGUGCAGAGCAGAACAUAUGCAGGAAAAGGACUUCAUCACUUCCCAUAACGUACCUUUUGUGUGCCAGCUAAGCCAAAAUGCAAAGGCAGGAMAUAUUACAAGAACCAGCUUAUUACUGUAACUUUUAUGCAUCCCUCAGGAUGAUGUCCAGAAAGAAUCUUCUUAGUUAGCUUGCUUCUAUAUCACAUUAAAAAUGGUUAGCUGCAGAAUGGCAGCUGGAUAUUUCCAUGUCAUUUUAGAAAUUCUUUUUGUAACUAACAGCCAAGUCCAGGGGAAACCAUGAGCAAGUUUGCAACUGGUCAUUUG